GGCAGGGCGUUCGCAGCGCCCGGCCCGCGCCCCACGCCCGCAGCCGACAGACGGCAGCGCCUGCGCCCGCGCCCCCCAGCCGGUGCGCGGGAGCCGCGGGGGCAAAGGCGCGGCGGCCGGCCGGCGGCACAUCUCUUGCUCCCUCGCUCGCUCUCUGCGCUGAAGGGAAGCUAAGCCCAGAAGCCCCAGCAACCCGCCUUCCAAGAUGAAGAAGCUCCAGGGAGCUCACCUCCGCAAGCCUGUCACCCCAGACCUACUCAUGACCCCCAGUGACCAGGGAGAUGUAGACCUGGACAUGGACUUUGCUGCGGACCGGGGGAACUGGACAGGCAAGCUGGACUUCCUGCUGUCUUGCAUUGGCUACUGUGUGGGCCUAGGGAACGUCUGGCGCUUCCCCUAUCGAGCUUACACCAACGGAGGAGGCGCCUUCCUCGUGCCCUACUUCCUCAUGCUGGCCAUCUGCGGCAUCCCCCUCUUCUUCCUCGAGCUCUCCCUGGGCCAAUUCUCCAGCCUGGGGCCCCUGGCCGUCUGGAAAAUCAGCCCCCUCUUCAAAGGUGCCGGCGCAGCCAUGCUGCUCAUCGUAGGCCUGGUGGCCAUCUACUACAACAUGAUCAUCGCCUACGUCCUCUUCUACCUCUUCGCCUCCCUCACCAGCAGCCUGCCCUGGGAGCACUGCGGCAACUGGUGGAACACGGACCUCUGCCUUGAGCACAGAGGCUCCCAGAAUGGCAACGGGGCCCUGCCCCUCAACCUCACCAGCACCGUCAGCCCCAGCGAGGAGUACUGGAGCCGCUAUGUUCUCCACAUCCAAGGGAGCCGGGGCAUCGGCAGCCCCGGGGGGAUCCGCUGGAACCUCUGCCUCUGCCUGCUGCUCGCCUGGGUCAUCGUGUUCCUCUGUAUCCUCAAGGGUGUGAAGUCCUCAGGCAAGGUGGUGUAUUUCACGGCCACGUUCCCCUACCUCAUCCUGCUCAUGCUGCUGGUCCGCGGAGUCACGCUCCCAGGGGCCUGGAAGGGCAUCCAGUUCUAUCUCACCCCACAGUUCCACCACCUGUUGUCUUCUAAGGUGUGGAUCGAAGCUGCUCUUCAGAUCUUCUACUCUCUGGGUGUGGGCUUCGGGGGUCUUCUCACCUUUGCCUCCUACAACACGUUUCACCAGAACAUCUAUAGAGACACCUUUAUCGUCACUCUGGGCAACGCUAUCACCAGCAUCCUGGCUGGCUUUGCCAUCUUCUCCGUGCUAGGCUACAUGUCUCAAGAGCUGGGUGUGCCUGUGGACCAAGUAGCCAAAGCAGGCCCUGGCCUGGCCUUUGUCGUCUACCCGCAGGCCAUGACCAUGCUGCCUCUGUCGCCCUUCUGGUCCUUCCUCUUCUUCUUCAUGCUACUGACUCUCGGCUUGGACAGCCAGUUUGCCUUUCUGGAGACCAUUGUGACAGCUGUAACGGACGAGUUCCCAUACUACCUGCGGCCCAAGAAGGCCGUGUUCUCGGGGCUCAUCUGCGUGGCCAUGUACCUGAUGGGGCUGGUCCUUACCACCGACGGGGGCAUGUACUGGCUGGUCCUUCUGGAUGACUACAGUGCCAGCUUCGGGCUAAUGGUGGUGGUGAUCACCACGUGCCUCGCCGUCACCCGGGUGUACGGCAUCCAGAGGUUCUGCCGGGACAUCCACAUGAUGCUGGGCUUCAAGCCGGGCCUCUACUUCAGGGCCUGCUGGCUGUUCCUGUCCCCUGCCACGCUCCUGGCCCUGCUGGUGUAUAGCAUCGUCAAGUACCAGCCCUCAGAGUAUGGCAGCUACCGCUUCCCAGCCUGGGCGGAACUGCUGGGCAUCCUGAUGGGCCUGCUGUCCUGCCUCAUGAUCCCCGCCGGCAUGCUGGUGGCUGUGCUUCGAGAGGAGGGCUCGCUCUGGGAGCGACUCCAGCAGGCCAGCCGGCCGGCCAUGGACUGGGGACCGUCGCUGGAGGAGAACCGGACGGGCAUGUACGUGGCCACGCUGGCCGGGAGCCAGUCGCCCAAGCCGCUGAUGGUGCACAUGCGCAAGUAUGGGGGCAUCACCAGCUUCGAGAACACGGCCAUCGAGGUGGACCGCGAGAUUGCCGAGGAGGAGGAGUCCAUGAUGUGAAGCAGGAGGCAGGUGGACAGGAGGCCCUGCCUGGGCCGCAAAGGGCAGCCGCGCCCUCUGGGGUUCUGAGAGGCCCGAGGUUGCCAGAGGUUGCCGUGGUGAUGCUGGUCCCCCAUACAAGUCCCUCCUUGUGGCCUCUGCCUCUCCGGAAACCUCUGUCUACCCCCUCCACACACACAGACCACAGACCCAUUCAAAGCUGAGAAUGGUCCAGCUCAGCUCUCACUUUGCAGAUGGACAGACUGAGGAGGCACUUGCCCAAGGUCACAUGGCAGAGGGGACUGGACCCCAGGCCUCCUGACCAAGCAGCUCCCUUUCUCGUGUGGCAGCUCGCACCACCCUCUCAACUCUCUUCAGGGCCCAGACCCAUCCCUUUCCUCUGGGAGCCUGCCCCGCACACUUCAGCACAGCCGGAAUCUCGAGCUGGAGGACGACUCCGGGCAUCAUGAGGCCCACGUGGCCCUGGGCAUCAAGAGUUAGCAAGUCAAGUGGGAGACAGAUCUCUGUGGGUUCAUGUGCCCAGGCCAUGUUCCCUGAAGUAAGUGGCACCUGAGGGCCCAGGAGGAUGGAGAGAGAAGAAAAGGAGGGCAGGAUGGGGAGGAGCUGUCCUGGCCAAGGUGUGGAGGUCAGAAUGUAGCCCCCUCCUCCUCCCCUGGGGCCAGGAGGAGGCCUGGGGCGGAGGGGAAGGGCUCAGGGCUCGGGAGCAGGGAGGGUGGCGGGAGAAGCGGGUGUUACCAGGUUACAACAGGG